AUGUCGGGCCAGAACAACUGGCAGGAGGAGGCCAUGCGACGUCUUCGCCAGAUGCAGCAGACCCGAGGUGGCGGAGGCCGAGCAGGAGGUCCCCAGAUGCCGAGGGGAACGGGCGGCGCUGUCAUCGGAGGCGCCCUACUCGCCGGCGGAGCCUUCCUUCUAUCGAACUCGCUCUUCAACGUCGACGGUGGUCAUCGAGCCAUCAAGUACAGGAGGAUAAGCGGUGUGAGCAAGGAGAUUUACAACGAAGGAACGCACAUCAACAUUCCCUGGUUUGAGACGCCGAUCGUGUACGACGUCCGCGCCAAGCCGCGCAACGUCGCCUCCCUGACGGGCACCAAGGACCUGCAGAUGGUCAACAUCACUUGCCGCGUCCUGUCGAGGCCGCGGGUUGAAGCCCUGCCGCAGAUCUACAGGACCCUCGGCACCGACUACGACGAGCGCGUGCUGCCGUCCAUCGUCAACGAGGUCCUCAAGAGCGUUGUCGCCCAGUUCAACGCCAGCCAGCUCAUCACCCAGCGAGAGAUGGUCGCCAGGCUCGUCCGCGACAGCCUCGCCCGCCGCGCCUCGCGCUUCAACAUCGUCCUCGACGACGUGUCCCUCACCCACCUCGCCUUCUCGCCCGAAUUCACCGCCGCCGUCGAGGCCAAGCAGGUGGCCCAGCAAGAGGCCCAGCGUGCCGCCUUUGUCGUCGACAAGGCCCGGCAGGAGAAGCAGGCCAUGGUCGUCCGGGCCCAGGGUGAGGCUCGGUCCGCGCAGCUCAUCGGCGAGGCCGUCAAGAAGAGCAAGUCGUACCUGGAGCUCAAGAAGAUUGAGAACGCCCGGAUGAUCGCCCAGCAGAUGCAGGAGGCCGGCUCCAAGAACAGGCUGAUGCUCGACGCCGAGGGCCUCGGUCUGAACGUCUUUGAGACCUCGGCUUCGUCGGACGGCAAGUGA